AUGUCCUCCUUCAUCCGUCAGGACCUCGUUCCGCCACACUUGGGCAUCACGCGACAACCCAUUGUCUUGAGGAACGUUAGCUCAAGAGACAUUGGGGCCAUCCUCAGCCAUGUCUCCGAUAACGACGUUCAUGCGCUCGGUGUGUCUCUGCGGCUGUCCCCGAAAGACGGCACAGUCGACGUCGUCGCAUUCGCCACUUCAUCCCACAUCUUCCAGGUCUCCCUUGGGGACCAGACGUCUCUGGCAGGGAAUCGUCGUGUCGCAACUGGUGACAGCCUCUCCCGUCUGUUAGGGAACGUGAACUGCCACCUCGCUGCCUUCGAUAUGGCCCGCGUCGCGCUGCACCUGUACAAGCAAUGCAACGUGCAUGUGCAGGGUAUCGACCUUUCCACUCUUUUCUCCGGCAUCGCUGAAUCAUCCCCGGACGCUCUGGACUCGGCCUCGAAGGUUGAGACGACCAACCUCCCUGACGUACAUCUGCAAUGUCUCGCGGACCUCAUGACGAACAUCGUGCUCCUGGAGGCGGAGAGGCCGACGCACAUAGAGAACGACUUCGAGGACGUCACGCUCGACGAGGAUGGCCAGCUCGUCAUCACGAAUGAGCGCUACAGCAACCGCGUCCGGAGGAGCAAACAGACUUCAGUCAUAUUAGAGACCGCGCACGGACACAGGAUCACGGGUGAAGCCGUCCGGGCGGAGGGCAAGAGGACAGACGUCAAGGUCCACGGGGGCAACUUCCGCGGGGGCAUUGAACGUAUCAGCGUUAUCGGGCGCGAAGAGCCGACGCACGCCGAGAGGGCGCGGGACGGAUUCAUCCUACGACUCCUGCAAGGUGCCAUCUCGUCAUUGACGCGGUCACCGUUCGUACGCGCGCUGUGGUUCCCUGCGCCUCAGCCGAGGGUGGGCAGAGGGAGUGGGGAUGGUGAGGAUGCGUGCAGUCCACAGCUUGCCGCUUUGAACGAGUCGCAGAAGGCUGUGGUGCGGGCAAUGUGGGCGGAUGACGAGCCGGUCGUCGUAGUUCAUGGGCCUCCCGGGACAGGGAAGACGAGGACAAUCGCUGUGUCUCUCGAAGAAUGGGAUCGUUGUGGUGAGCCGGCGUGGGUCAUCGCCCAGUCCAACGUCGGUGUGAAGAACAUUGCGAGGACGCUUAUCAAGCACAACGUCGACUUCAGAAUCAUUGUAUCGAAAGAGUUUUAUGUAGAGUGGCACGAGCAUCUGUACGAGAGCAUCGAAAGGCGGCUGAUCCGUGCUGACGAGCUGAUCGCCGACCCGGUCGAGGCGGGGCGCAUGAUCAGGGGUUCCAAAAUCAUCCUAUGCACGGUCUCUAUGCUGUCCAAUCCGGGCCUCGAUAGCUGCGGCAUAUACCGCCUCGCUCCAGUUGAGUGUCUGAUCGUGGACGAAGCGUCGCAAAUAGACUCGUUCGAGUUCAUGGUGAGUCGGGCAUGCCGCAUACUGGCAGCAAAUAUUGACUUCCACCAUCCGAAGCACUUGUUCGACAAGUUCCACCGCUUGCACAAGUUGUGCAUGUUUGGGGACCCGAAACAACGUGAGUGUCAUGACCCAUCCAAUUCAUCUGCAGUACUAACGACGCCUUGCACAGUUCCACCGUAUGGAAAGGAGACCGCGCCAUCCAUGAAGACAAUCUUCGACUUUAAGCAUUUCAAGCCGACUGCGUACUUUCUCAACACGCAGUAUCGGAUGCCUGUGCCUCUGGGAGAGUUCAUCUCUGAGGAAGUGUACAAUUCGAAGCUCAAGUCCGUGCACAAAAUCAACGACGACUCAUGCGUGCGGUUCGUUGACGUGCGGAAGGGUGCUGAGGAAAGUGUGGGUCUGAGUUGGAAGGUGAAAUGCUGCAUUGUCUCGUUCGUCUUCGUCGCUAAUCUGAGAUGUAGAAUACUGAGGAGGUACAUGCCAUCGUAA